AUGCCUGCACGCGAGCCUGCAGACCACGACCCGCUCGACGCCAUCUUGCGGCCCCCGCUGGACGAGACUCCCGAGGAGAAGGCGUGCCGGGUUGCGCAGGAGGAGGAGGCGCGCCGAGUCAGUCUGGCGAUUGACGAGAGCAUUCGGCAGGAGCGUGUCGCAAGGAAGAAGAUGAAGGUCGUGAGGCUACUUCUGCUCGGCCAGAGCGAGUCAGGCAAGUCCACGACGCUCCGACAGUUCCAGCGGCUCUACACGCCGUCUGCCUUCCGCGAGGAACGCAUCCACUGGCACUCGAUCAUCCAACUCAAUCUCAUCCGCUCCAUCCACAUCAUCCUCGACGCCCUCGCGGACGUCCGGCCGCACGAGCUCCCGUCCGCGCCACCCUCGCCCACCUCCUCGCCGCCGCUCGGCUCGCGGCGACUCGCGCCCAGCAUGUACUCCGCGCGCAACAACGUCUACGGCGACUCCGCGUCCGCAUCAGACACCGACUCGGCCGAGACGCCCUCCGCGCCCACGCUCCCCGCGCACCUCAGCCAGAUCCGCGCGCGCCUCGCGCCGCUGCACCACGUCGAGGCGCUGCUUGUCUCGCGGCUCGUGCCGCCCAGCGAGGACGCGCCGUUCCUCCCGGAGCGGCCGCGCGUGGACACCACCGGCGAGGUCUUCGUGCGCCCCGGGUCGUGGAAGCGCGGUUGGCGGAUCGGCCCGUUCGGCGGCGGCGGGCAUGGGCCGGUCGGCGGGGAGGAGCGGGAGCUCGCGGAGGAGGUGCAGGGCGUGCUCUGGCGGUGUAGCUCGGAUUUGAUGACGCUCUGGCACGACCCGACGGUGCGAUCGAUAUUGAAGAAGCGGAAGAUCCGGCUGGAAGAAAGCCCUGGGUUCUUUUUGAAUGAGUUGCCGCGGGUCACGGCACCGAGCUAUCAACCUUCUGACGAUGAUGUGCUGAAAGCGCGUCUCAAAACGGUCGGCGUGUCCGAAUACCGGUUCGAAAUGGAGGCUGGCUCCGAGAGCGGCACGCAGUGGCGGAUCAUCGACGUCGGCGGGUCUCGAAAAACCUGGGUUCCCUUCUUUGAUGACAUCGAUGCUAUCAUCUUCCUUGCGCCCAUAUCAUGCUUCGACCAGACGCUCGCAGAAGACCGGAGCGUGAACCGGCUAGAAGACAGCGUCCUGCUGUGGAAGGCCGUCUGCUCGAACAAGCUGCUCGCCCGGGUAGAUCUCGUGCUCUUCCUGAACAAAUGCGACAUCCUCGCGUCGAAGCUCGGCUCGGGCAUACGGCUCGCGAAGUACGUGAAGAGUUUCGGCGAGCGGCCGAAUGAGUCUGAGGCUGUGGAAAAAUACUUCAAGAGCAAGUUCAACGCAAUACAUAGGGAGUAUUCGCCGAUCCCGCGGAAGUACUAUGGCUUCUGCACCUCUGUGACUGACACGACUACGACAGGGGGCAUCAUCGCCAGUGUGCGAGAUAUGGUCGUCCGAGAACACCUGCGUCGAUCAAAACUGCUGUGA